GCCGCGCGGCCGGACAUGGAACGCGAUGGGCGCGGGGCCCCGCCUUGUGACGUCACAGCGCCCCGCCCCGCCCCCGGCGCCUCAGGGCCCUGGAGGCGGGAGGCGGGCGGGGACUGCGGCUGCGCACUGGCGGCGGGGCGGGGCGGGGCGGCCCGGUGGCGGCUCCAAGGGCACGCGGCGAUGGCGGCCGUGGUGGCGGUGGCGGCGCGGGGCGGCCUGCGCGGGGCUCUGCUGGCGCAGCAGCAGCGCUGGAGCUCGGGGUCGGGCUCCGACCAGCUGGGCGAGCUGGGUAAAGGCGCCGGCAAGGGCGGCGGCGGCGGCGGCUCCAUCCGUGAGGCCGGCGGCGCUUUCGGGAAGAAGCAGGCGGCCGAGGAGGAGCGGUACUUCAGGGAAAAGGAGCGGGAGCAGCUCUCUGCCUUACGGAAACACCACGAGGAAGAGAUCCAUCACCACCAGAAAGAGAUUGACCGUCUGCAGAAAGAAAUCGAGCGCCAUAAGCAUAAGAUCAAGCAGCUUAAAGAUGACUAAGCUGGUGCUGUUGUUGAAUGUGCAUGGCCAAUACUGAUUGCGGUGUAAAACGGCGUCAAGACUGUAUUUUUUGGUCAACAUAAUCCAAAUCCAUCAAAUUAUACUGUGGUCUGCAACAACAUCAAAUAAACUACUCAGUCUCA